AUGUUUAUCCCAGCUCUGCUAGCUGCCCGUGGGCCUAUCACGGCCCUGACCAUCUUGGUGAGCACUGCAACCUUCAGUGCCGGUGCCUUCUUUGUCUCUCUUCGCAACACCGCUCUCGACUGCGCUCAUGGCUCUGCUACCAACGCCGCCUGUAGUGUUGACAUCCUCACUGACCUCGUCACUUUCAUCGCCGCUGCUGGUGCCACCGCUGGAGCAACCUUCAUCGGACUGACCACUCCCACUCCUCGUGACUCCCCUGUUUUCCGUGUCGACGGUGUUGAUGUUGAUUGGUAUGAGAACGCAAACUCGCAGCGCCAUGGACUCAACAGGACUAUUGACAAUCCCGCAGUCGUUGAGUGGCAGUUUAACCACACCUCACCUAUCCAGACGUACAUCACAUAUGAGAAAGAUGGUUAUCUCCAUAAGCGCCUCGAUACUGGAGUCGACAUUCCUGACCCAAGUGGAAGGAGAUCUUUGUGCCGCGCUUACUACGAUACCCGCUUCUGGUCUGACGAUCUGCGCAAUUGGGAGUACCGUACGACGCCCUCUGCUUCUGUUUGGGGCGACAUUGGCGAAGAUCUUUUCUACCAGUUUGUAAACAGGGAGUGGAAGGCAGGAUGUGUAUGGUUCAGAGGAAACAAGGCAGCUACCGGCGGUAUAUACGAGGCGUCUUUCGAACUGGGUGCAUCUUGUAGCCAUGAUGAGCCUGCCAAUCUGAACUGUGGCAGAGCUAACUAUGACGUUGAAGUUGCCGGCUUUCACUUCUAG